CGAGGGUGAGCUAGAGAGAGUGGUAGAGAGGCAUCGAGGGUGAGCUAGAGAGAGUGGUAGAGAGACAUCGAGAUGGCAAGUGCGAGAGCAGGUUCCCUGGGGCCCCUGGAGCGGCGGCCCCUCUGCUACGCCCCCCUGCAGCCCAGCACCAACCUCUACCUGCAGCAGCGCUGGGACCACGACCGGUACCGGGCCCACCGCCACCGGGUGAACUCAGCUCUGCCAGUUGUUGACACAAAAGGCAUCAGAACUCCUGCUCACGUGACCCUCAAACUGAAGAAGCUGCAGCUACAAGAGGAGCGGCUAGCCGACAUCAACCGAGAUAAUAAGCAGCUGUCCUCCAAACUCUCCGGGAUCAUGCAUUCCAGAGGCCAGGUGGACAACUGGAACAUCUAUCCCAACAGGAGUCUGAACGCUGAGAAGAGGCGGGCGGACCUGGCUCAGAUCAGCGCUCAGAACCAGGCUAUCUUCCAGCGAAUCACGCUGCGGCAGUCAGAGUUCAGACGGCAGCUCUGGUUGGACGACUGGGAGAGGACAGAGCGGAGACAAAAGGACAUUGGACGCGACAGCAGAUGCCCCGCCCACAAACUGAGGGCCGAGAGGAAAGUCCAGUUUGACGUUGGUGACGUCAAAGAACACCACAAGCACCGGACAACAUCACCAUGACGACACCACCAUGAUCUCACCGCCAUGAUGAUACACCAUGACAACAUAACCAUGACGACAUCGCCAUCUCAACACCGUGGCAACAUCAUGACGACACCACUACCAUGGCACCAUGAAGAGGAUAUCACCAUUACAACAAGAGUUGUAAUAUUGUAUGGGC